AUUAAUUACUGAGGCAGUCUGUCCCUCCAAAAACCCAAAUGAGUCUCGCGUUCCUAAGAACUCCUUUCCUUCCAACAGCCUUUGGACGAUUCAAAUGUCACAAAAUGUCCAUUACAAGGUUCUCUUCCAAUACUGAGAUUUCCGCUUCAGACCCAAUCGCAGAUUGUGGUGAAGUGUCUCAGCCAGAAAUUCGUGUUUAUGUGAGGAAGAAGAGAAUGAAAAAGACUCUGAAAGUUGUAGUAAAGGACCCUCUAAUAGAACCUAAGAAGGAGAAACUGCCUGACAUUGAAGAUUUUGCAUAUAAGAAGGCAGGCGGAUCUGCACAUUUAAAGAAGUCAAAACUUAUCACCGAUGUGCUUCCUGUGGAUAUUGGAACUGCUUCGAUGAUUAGACAAACUGAUAAACCCCCUGCCAACUGGGAAAUAGUCCUUGAAGGGAUUCGCAAAAUGAGGUCCUCAGAAGAUGCACCAGUAGACACAAUGGGAUGUGAAAAAGCUGGAACUUUUCUUCCUCCUAAGGAAAGAAGAUUUGCUGUCUUGGUAUCUUCACUUCUAUCAAGCCAAACCAAGGAUCAUGUAACACAUGGAGCUAUUCAGCGUCUUCAUCAAAAUAAUAUGCUUACUGCUGAUGCCAUUGACAGAGCCGAUGAAACCACAAUUAAGAAUUUGAUUUACCCUGUUGGCUUUUAUACCAGAAAAGCUAGUAAUUUGAAGAAAAUUGCAAAAAUCUGUCUCGUGAAAUAUGAUGGAGAUAUACCUAGCUCUUUGGAGGACCUUUUAGCACUUCCAGGGAUAGGUCCUAAAAUGGCUCAUUUGGUUAUGAAUAUUGCCUGGAACAAUGUUCAAGGGAUAUGUGUAGAUACCCAUGUGCACCGCAUUUGCAAUCGACUUGGAUGGGUGUCUCGGCCAAGCACAAACCAAAAAACUUCAACUCCUGAGGAAACAAGAGUUUCUUUGCAACAAUGGCUUCCAAAGGAAGAGUGGGUUCCAAUAAACCCUCUUUUGGUUGGAUUUGGACAGACAAUUUGUACUCCACUCAGACCUCGCUGCAGUAUGUGCAGCGUAAACGAGUUCUGCCCAUCUGCGUUCAAGGAGAUGUCAAGUCCAACAUCCAAGAAGAAGCUGUAGAUCAUAAUUAGUCCCCGACUCCCUGGGAGGAAACUUGAAUUUGAGAAAGAUGGGUUUCUGGUUAGAGUAAUGUGAUUCCAAAAGGGAUUAUGCAUUUUUGUAAAAAUCAUGUCAUUAUCCUGUAAAUGUCAAAUAGGAUAAGAAACUAUGUAUUUUUGGGAUGUAACUAAACAAAAUGCCUAUUAAUCAUUUCGAUGAUAUAUACGUAAAAUUUUUUCGCCCCUCGUUA